AUGAUAACAGCCCUGGAGUGCGAAGUCUGGAAGCUCAGAAACGGUUUAGUAAUUGUAUACAAAGUUGCCAUGAUUGAGGAAUGGUGCAAAGAGUUAGGAAAUGAUUACGUAUAUGGAAGCCUGGCACCGGGUUCCCUGGCCACGGGUUCCCUGGCCUCGGGUUCCCUGGCCCCGGGUUCCCUGGCCACGGGUUCCCUGGCCUCGGGUUCCCUGGCCAGGGGUUCCCUGGCCCCGGGUUCCCUGGCCACGGGUUCCCUGGCCACGGGUUCCCUGGCCUCGGGUUCCCUGGCCUCGGGUUCCCUGGCCCCGGGUUCCCUGGCCCCGGGUUCCCUGGCCUCGGGUUCCCUGGCACCGGGUUCCCUGGCCCCGGGUUCCCUGGCCACGGGUUCCCUGGCACCGGGUUCCCUGGCCCCGGGUUCCCUGGCACCGGGUUCCCUGGCCCCGGGUUCCCUGGCACCGGGUUCCCUGGCCACGGGUUCCCUGGCACCGGGUUCCCUGGCCCCGGGUUCCCUGGCACCGGGUUCCCUGGCACCGGGUUCCCUGGCCACGGGUUCCCUGGCCCCGGGUUCCCUGGCACCGGGUUCCCUGGCCACGGGUUCCCUGGCCACGGGUUCCCUGGCCACGGGUUCCCUGGCCACGGGUUCCCUGGCCACGGGUUCCCUGGCCUCGGGUGAACAGGCCAGACAAGUUGCCAAACCUGGCCACACAGCAUAA